GAGUGGAGUUCUCCCAACUCGCGACUUCGGCGGCCAGGUUCCUGAUUCUGCUCCGCUCCUUUCAAGUCCUGCUGCCAGCCCGCGGCGAUGCGCUCAGGCCCGCGGCCCCCGCCCCCAGCCCAGGCGCUGGCCCUGGCUUUGACCUUGGCUACGUUGGUCGGACCAGCAUCCGCGGCCUCCUUCUUUGGGGAGAACCACCUGCAGGUGCUCAUGGCCCCAGUUCUGACCAACAUAGACCUACAGCUGCAGUUCUCCACAUCGCAGCCCGAAGCCCUGCUUCUCCUGGCAGCAGGCCCAGCUGACCACCUCCUCCUGCAGCUCCAUUCUGGACACUUGCAGGUCAGACUUGUCCUCAGCCAGGAGGAGCUGAGACUGCAGACCCCUGCAGAGACACUGCUGAGCGACUCCGUCCCCCACACUGUGGGGCUGGCGGUAUCCGACGGCCGGGCCUGGUUGUCCGUUGAUGGACUCCUCAACGCCUCGGCCCCAGUGCCAGGGGGCUCCCUGGAUGUGCCCUAUGGGCUCUUCUUGGGGGGUCCUGGGAGCCUGGGCCUGCCCUACUUGAGGGGAACCAGCCGACCCCUGAGGGGUUGCCUCCACACAGCCACCCUUAAUGGCCGCAGCCUCCUCCAGCCACUAACCCCGGACGUGCAUGAGGGCUGCGCUGAAGAGUUUUCUGCUGGUGAUGAUGUGGCCCUGGGCUUCUCCGGGCCCCACGCACUGGCUGCCUUCCCUGCUUGGAGCACUCAGGAUGAGGGCACCCUGGAGUUUACACUCACCACGCGGAGCCAGCAGGCACCCCUGGCCUUCCAGGCAGGGGGCCGGCAUGGGGACUUCAUCUAUGUGGACAUAUUUGAGGGACACCUGCGGGCUGUGGUUGAGAAGGGCCAGGGCACCGUGCUGCUGCACAACAGUGUGCCUGUGGCCGAUGGGCAGCCCCACGAGGUCAGUGUCCACAUGGCUGCUCACCGGCUGGAAAUCUCUGUGGACCAGUACCCAACGCGGACUUCCAACCGUGGGGUCCUCAGCUACCUGGAGCCACGUGGUAGUCUACUCCUUGGGGGCCUGGACACAGAGGCCGCUCGCCACCUGCAGGAACACCGCCUGGGCCUGGCCCCGGAGGCCGUUACUGUCUCCCUGUUGGGCUGCAUGGAGGACUUCAGCAUCAACGGCCAGAGGCAGGGGCUCCGGGAAGCCUUGCUGACUCGAAACAUGGUGGCUGGCUGCAGGUCUGAGGAAGACGAGUACGAAGAGGAUGCCUAUGGCCCCUAUGAAGCUUUGUCCACUCUGGCACCUGAGGCGUGGCCAGCCAUGAUGCUGCCUGAGCCCUGCGUGCCUGAACCGGGACUGCCUCCUGUAUUUGCCAACUUCACCCAGCUGCUGACCAUCAGCCCCCUGGUGGUGGCCGAGGGUGGCACAGCCUGGCUUGAGUGGCGGCACAUGCAGCCUACUCUGGACCUGAGUGAGGCGGAGCUGCGCAAAUCCCAAGUGCUGUUCAGUGUGAGUCGCGGGCCACGCCACGGCCAGCUGGAGCUGGACAUCCCAGGCGCGCAGGCUCGGCAAAUGUUCACCCUCCUGGACGUGGUGAACCGCAGGGCCCGCUUCAUCCACGACGGCUCUGAGGACACCUCUGACCAGCUGGUGCUGGAGGUGUCAGUGACGGCUCGGGGGCCCGUGCCCUCCUGCCUCCGGAGGGGCCAAACUUACAUUCUGCCCAUCCAGGUAAACCCUGUCAACGACCCACCCCGCAUUAUCUUCCCACACGGCAGCCUCAUGGUGGUCCUGGAACACACGCAGAAGCCACUGGGACCUGAGGUUUUCCAGGCCUACGACCCCGACUCUGCCUGUGAGGGCCUCACCUUCCAGCUGCUCGGGGCCCCGGCCAGCCGCCCCGUGGAGCACCGAGACCACCCCAGGGAGCCAGUGACAGAGUUCUCCUGCCAGGAGCUGGAGGCGGGCAGCCUCGUCUAUGUGCACCGCGGCGGGCCCACGCAGGACCUCAUGUUCCGGGUCAGUGAUGGGCUGCAGGCCAGUCCCCCCAGCACGCUGAAGGUGGUGGCUGUCCGGCCAGCCAUUCGGGUCCGCCACAACACUGGGCUGCACCUGGCCCAGGGCUCCGCUGCCCUGGUCUUGCCCGCCAACCUAUCGGUGGAGACAAAUGCUGUGGGGCAGGACGUGAGUGUGCUGUUCCGAGCCACGAGGGCCCUGCAGUUCGGGGAGCUACAGAAACAGGGGGCAGGCGGGGCAGAGGGUGCCGAGUGGCAGGCCACACAGGCCUUCCACCAGCGGGACGUGGAGCAGGGCCGCGUGAGGUACCUGAGCACCGACCCACAGUACCGUGCCGAGGACACAGUGGAAAAGCUGGCCCUGGAGAUACAGGUGGGCCAGGAGACCCUGACCAAUCUGUCCUUCCCAGUGAGGGUCCAGAGAGCCACCGUGCGGCUGCUGCGGCUAGAGCCGCUGCACGCUCAGAACACCCGGCAGGAGGCCCUCACCACAGCCCACCUGGAGGCCACCCUGGAAGAGGCACACCCGAGCCCCACCACCUUCCAUUACGAGGUGGUUCAGGCUCCCAGGAAGGGCAAUCUUCGGCUGCAGGGCACGAGGCUGUCAGACGGUCAGGGCUUCACCCAGGAUGACCUGCGGGCUGGUCGGGUGACCUAUGGGGCCACCGCACGUGCCUCAGAGGCAGUCGAGGAUGUCUUCCGUUUCCGCGUCACAGCUCCACCACACUUCUCCCCACUCUACACCUUCCCCAUCCAUAUCGGUGGUGACCCAGAUGCUCCCGUCCUCACCAACGUCCUCCUCUCGGUGCCCGAGGGUGGUGAGGCCAUCCUCUCUGCUGACCACCUCUUCGUCAAGAGUCUCAACAGUGCCAGCUAUCUCUAUGAGGUCAUGGAGCGGCCCCGCCAUGGGAGGUUGGCAUGGCGGGGGUCACAGGACAAGGCCACCAUGGUGACAUCCUUCACCAAUGAGGACCUGCUGCACAGCCGGCUGCUGUACCAGCAUGACGGCUCCGAGACCACGGAGGAUGACAUCCCAUUUGUGGCGACCCGCCAGGGCGAGGGCAGCGGUGGCAUGGCCUGGGAGGAGGUGCGGGGCGUCUUCCGAGUGGCCAUCCAGCCUGUGAACGACCACGCCCCGGUGCAGACCAUCAGCCGGGUCUUCCACGUGGCCCGGGGUGGACAGCGGCUGCUCACUACAGAUGACGUGGCCUUCAGUGACGCCGACUCGGGCUUUGCGGACGCCCAGCUGGUGCUGACCCGCAAGGACCUCCUCUUCGGCAGCAUCGUGUCUGUGGAUGAGCCCGGGCGGCCUAUCUACCGCUUCACCCAGGAGGACCUCAGGAAGAAACGCGUCCUGUUUGUGCACUCGGGAGCUGACCGUGGCUGGAUCCAGCUGCAGGUGUCUGAUGGGCAGCACCAGGCCACCGCACUGCUGGAAGUCCAGGCCUCGGAGCCCUACCUCCGUGUGGCCAAUGGCUCCAGCCUUGUGGUCCCCCAAGGAGGCCAGGGCACCAUCGACACAGCUGUGCUGCACCUAGACACCAACCUGGACAUCCGCAGUGGGGAUGAGGUCCACUACCGGGUCACAGCUGGCCCACGCUGGGGGCAGCUGCUCCGGGCCGGCCAGCCAGCCACAGCCUUCGUUCAGCAGGAUCUGCUGGACGGGGCCAUUCUCUACAGCCACAACGGCAGCCUCAGCCCCCGUGACACCCUGGCCUUCUCCGUGGAGGCAGGGUCUGUGCACACAGCUGCCACCCUACAAGUGACCAUUGCCAUAGAGGGGCCACUGGCCCCAUUGCACCUGGUCCGACACGAGAAGAUCUACAUCUUCCAGGGGGAGGCAGCUGAGAUCAGAAGGGACCAGCUAGAGGCAGUCCAGGAGGGAGUGCCACCGACAGACAUUGUGUUCUCAGUGAGGGCCCCACCGAGCGCCGGCUACCUGGUGAUGUUGUCGCACGGUGCCACUGCAGCUGAGCCGACCAGCCUGGAUCCUGUGCAGAGCUUCUCCCAGGAGGCGGUGGGCGCAGGCAGGGUCCUGUACCUGCACUCUCACCCUGAGGCCUGGAGUGAUGCCUUCUCCCUGGAUGUGGCCUCGGGCGUGGGCGCUCCCCUCGAGGGCCUCCGCGUGGAGCUGGAGGUGCUGCCUGCGGCCAUCCCACUGCAGGCGCAGAACUUCAGCGUCCCCGAGGGCGGCACCCGCACUCUGGCCCCGCCGCUGCUGCACAUCGCUGGGCCCUACUUCCCCACACUGCCCGGCCUUGACCUGCAGGUGCUAGAGCCGCCCCAGCACGGGGCCCUGCAGAGACAGGAAGAGCCUCAAGGCGGGAGCCUCAGCACCUUCUCCUGGAGAGAGGUAGAGCAACAGCUGAUCCGCUAUGUGCAUGAUGGAAGCGAGACACGGACAGACAGCUUCAUUCUGGUGGCUAACGCCUCAGAGAUGGACCGCCAGAGCCGGCCGGUGGCCUUGGCCGUCACCAUCCUGCCCGUCAACGACCAGCCGCCCGUCCUCACCACAAACACGGGCCUGCAGAUGUGGGAGGGGGCCACUGUGCCCAUCCCUACGGCAGCCCUUAGGAGCACAGACAGCGACUCAGAGCCCAAGGACCUGGUCUACACCAUCGAGCAGCCCAGCAAUGGACAGGUGGUCCUGCAGGCAGCGCUGGGCACCGGGGUCCACAGCUUCACACAGGCCCAGCUGGACGACGGGCUCGUGUUGUUCUCACACAGAGGAGCCCUGGACGGAGGCUUCCGUUUCCAUGUCUCUGACGGUGAGCACACUUCUCCUGCACACUUCUUCCGUGUGAUGGCCCAGCAGCAGCUGCUCCUCUCACUGGAGGGCAGUCAGACGCUGACUGUCUGCCCAGGGUCCGUCCAGCCUCUCAGCAGCCAGAGCCUGAGAGCCAGCUCCAGCACAGGCACUGACCCCCACCACCUGCUCUACCAGGUGGUGCGGGGCCCUCAGCUUGGCCGGCUGUUCCACGCCCAGCAGAGCAACACUGGGGAGGCCCUGGUGAACUUUACUCAGGCCGAGGUCUAUGCCGGGAAUGUUCUCUAUGAGCACAAGAUGCCCUCCGAGCCCUUCUGGGAGGCCCACGACGCCCUGGAGCUACGGCUAGCCUCACCCCCUGCCCCUGAAGUGGCCGCCACCCUUGCUGUGGCUGUGUCUUUUGAGGCUGCCUGUCCCCAGCGCCCCAGCCGCCUCUGGAGGAACAAAGGUCUCUGGGUCCCCGAAGGCCAGCGGGCCGAGAUCACCAGAGCUACCCUCGAUGCUUCCAACCUCCUGGCCAGCAUCCCAUCAUCCCAGCGCCCAAAGCACGAUGUGCUUUUCCAGAUCACGCAGUUCCCCACCAGGGGCCAGCUGCUGGUGUCUGAAGAGCCCCUCCACGCUGGGCAGCCCCACUUCCUGCAGUCCGAGCUGGCCGCAGGACAGUUGGUAUAUGCCCACGGCGGCGGUGGCACCCAGCAGGAUGGCUUCCGCUUCCGUGCCCACCUCCAGGGACCAGCGGGGGCCUCCUUGGCAGGACCCCAGACCUCAGAGGCCUUCUCCAUCACGGUGCGGGAUGUGAACGAGCGGCCGCCUCGGCCACAGGCCUCCAUCCCACUCCAGCUCACCCGAGGCUCCCGUGCCUCCAUCUCCCGGGCCCAGCUGAGUGUGGUGGACCCAGAUUCGGCUCCCGGGGAGAUCAAGUACGAAGUGCAACAGGCACCCCACAACGGCUUCCUGAGCCUCGCAGGGGCCAGUGCAGGGCCUGUGAGCCGCUUCACGCAGGCUGACGUGGAUGCAGGGCGGCUAGCCUUUGUGGCCAAUGGGAGCAGUGUGGCCGGCAUCUUCCAGCUGAGCGUAUCUGAUGGGGCCAGUCCACCCCUGCCCAUGUCCCUUGCUGUGGACGUCUUGCCGUCCACCAUUGAGGUACAGCUACGGGCACCACUAGAGGUGCCGCAAGCUGUGGGGCGCUCCUCACUGAGCCAGCAGCAGCUCCUGGUGGUUUCCGACCGAAAGGAGCCAGACGCUGCAUACCGCCUCACCCAGGGGCCCUGGUACGGGCGUCUUCUGGUGGGCGGGCAGCCAGCCGCAGUCUUCAGCCAGGUCCAGGUAGAUCGGGGUGAAGUGGUCUUUGUUUUCACCAACUUCUCCUCCUCCCAUGACCACUUCAGCGUCCUGGCACUGGCCAGGGGUGCCAAUGCGUCAGCCACAGUGAACGUCACUGUGAGGGCGCUGCUGCAUGUGCGGGCAGGCGGGCCGUGGCCCCAGGGUGCCACCCUGCGCCUGGACCCCACUGUCCUAGAUGCAGGUGAGUUAGCCAACGUCACAGGCAGUGUGCCCCGUUUCCGGCUCCUGGCCGGACCCCGGCACGGCCGUGUGGUCCGUGUGCCCCAGGCCAGGAUGGAGCCCAGGGGUAGCCAGCUUGUGGAGCAAUUCACCCAGCAGGACCUUGAGGAAGGAAGGCUGGGCCUGGAGGUAGGUAGGCCAGAAGGUGGGUCCCCCGGCCCUGCAGGGGACAGUCUCACUCUGGAGCUGUGGGCAAGGGGUGUCCCCCCUGCUGUGGCCUGUCUGGAUUUUGCCACUGAGCCUUACAAUGCAUCCCGGCCCUAUAGUGUGGCCCUGCUCAGUGUCCCCGAGGCUGCGAGGACAGAAGCAGGGAGACCAGAGAGUGGCACCCCCACAGGCAAGCCGAGCCCGGGGGUCUCCAGCCCCAGGCCCACCAUGGCCAGGGGCGGCUUCCUGGGCUUUCUCGAGGCCAACAUGUUCAGCGUCAUCAUCCCUCUGUGCCUGGUCCUCCUGCUCCUGGCUCUCAUCUUGCCCCUGUUCUUCUACCUCCGCAAACGCAACAAGACAGGCAAGCACAACGUCCAGGUGCUGGCAGCCAAGCCCCGCAACGGCCUGGCCAGUGACACGGAGACUUUCCGCAAGGUUGAGCCAGGCCAGGCCAUCCCGCUGACCACCGUGCCAGGCCAGGGGCCCCCGCCGGGGGGCCAUCCUGACCCAGAGCUGCUGCAGUUCUGCCGGACACCCAACCCUGCCCUCAAAAAUGGCCAGUACUGGGUGUGAGGCCUGGCCUGGGCCCAGACACUGACGGGGCCAGGGACACGCUUACUCAGGCCCAGCCCCACUGCUCCCAUGCCCUGAGUGUCCCCAGAGCCAGAUAGACCUGAGGACACCAGUAGUAGAGGGUGCUGGGAGGAAGUUCCAGGGGUCCAGGACAGAGUGGAGUCAGAACAGCUCUUCCCAGCUCACUCCAUGCCUGGAGAACUGCAAGGGGCCAAGGGCAGAAACAGGCUAGGCGGCAGUCCCCUGCCCUGGAGCUAGUUUGGGCUGUCAAAACCAGAGCAACCACCUAGAUGGGUCAGGACUCUGGGUCCUGGGCCUGUGACCUUGGGUGAGUCACACCUGAACCCUGACUGCUAAGAGGGCAAGGAGAAGAAAGGGAAAGGAGGGGCGUUCCUGGGUGUUCUCUCCAAGCCAGCCUUCCCUUGUCUCUGCCCGAGGGUUGAGAGAAAAACUUUUCCCCCUGGUCUUUUAGGAAGAUGGCAUUCCCUGGAGCAGAGGACAGAGCAGAGAGCCCCUCCACUCUCUGGAAGGCAUAGCCAGUAGAAUAAUGUGUUCAGAGUGCAAGGUGGGUGGGUUGCUCUAGGGAUGAGCUUAUUCAAGGGAGAUUGCAAGGAAGCUAUUUAACAUGGUGCUGAGCUAGCCAGGACUGAUGGGCCCCUGGGGGUGUGGGAUCCAGGAGGGUCUGAGGCCGGUUCAUUCCCACCUGGAUGGGCUGAGGGCUAGGCAAACAUGGGUCCAUGGCCCUGCAGCAGUCUGAGGCCGCAGGCACUGAGGACUGGGGCAGGCAGUUGGGGACACUUGGCUCCAUGGGGCCUGGAUAAACGGUGCUUCGGAGGUUCUGGA